CUUUCACACGAGUGCUUUUAGUAAACGAAGACGUAAUAAGGUUAGGAUAUUUUUAUCCGUGUAAAUCUAAGUGAUCUUAGCAUAUAUCUAGCUAACUUUAUUUCUUUUUUAAUUUGAAAUCCAUAAUAUUCACUUCCUAAAGCUUUAUUUUUACAAAUACUUCUUUUUAUUUAUUUGUGAAUUUCCGUUUUUGUCGGCAUACCAUACUACCAGUUUAUUUACCAAAAUGCUUAGGAGCGUUUGUUUUUUUACGAGUGCAUUAAAACUAUUGGAUGAUGUUCCAGGACGUCAUGCCAUUCGCAAGAUUCGUCCAGCCAGGGCGAGUAGCCCUGGUAGCAGAAGGCCCACUAAAGGGAAAAUUGGUCAGCGUUGUAGAUGUCAUUGAUCAAACUCGUGCCCUUGUUGACGGACCCGGCAGCGGCGUUUCCAGACAACAAAUCCGCCUUAACCAGUUACAUUUGACAAAAUUCCGUCUCAAGUUUCCAUUUACAGCACCUACACGUGUUGUAAGGAAAGCAUGGACGGACGAAAAACUCAAUGAAAAAUGGGCUGAAAGCCAGUGGGCAAGGAAGUUAGAAAACAAAGAAAAACGGGCCCAAAUGACCGACUAUGACAGGUUUAAGUUAAGCUCAGCUCGCGUUAAACGGAACCGUAUUAGAACUCCUGUUUUCAAGAGCUUAAAAAUGAAGGCGGCACGUAAUGGCACCUUUGGCAAAAAGAAGAUUCCCAAAACACCUGUCAAGAAACCCCGUACUAAAAAAGAAACUUCUGCUAAGAAGCCAGCUAAAAAGUAAUUCAUGUUUUGUAUCUCAAAGAAUAAGUGUAUGACUUUGAAAGGACUCAUCAAAAUAAAGAAUUACUUUUAGCUAAAUAACUGUGUUUGUUAAACCCUCAAAUAAUAUGCCUAGCCCUUAAAAAUUCUUAUGAGGUGAGUCUGCUAUACAUUAAAGUAAAUGUGGUUUUUUCUUUACUUAAUUUGUUUAAUGUUUCAGGUAACAAUGUGGUGAACUGACAAAAGACUUGAAGAUUUGGAUAUUAAAGUGAUCACUCUGUUCUUUAAUAACUGAUGACAUGCAUCUGCAAUAUUUAAUUUACUUGCAAGUAAGAUCAUUUGAGGUAUCAAGAACUGAGGAUACGUUACAAUUAUUUAGCCUCCAGCACCUUGAGGGCUUGGAACCUUGUUUGUGGCAGUCAUUUGGAGGCAGUCUAAGUCCAGUGGGGGGGGUGACUUGUGAUGGACUGCUAAAUGCCAUAGUCUCCUUAGGUUAAAUCUAUUGCAGAUGGAGACAAGAGGUAAUUACUACUUACUGAGUUUACUGAUGUGCAUCCUUUUGAUGGUGUGUUAAUUGCAAUAAUAGUAAGUCCAUUGCUAUUUGUUCUUCAUUAAAUAUUUGUAUAUUCAAUAAUUACUCAAUAUUUUUUUAUUAAAAAGAGAAUUGUUCCUUAGUUGUUGUAGCUCAGAAGUUAGUUUAGUUAGUUUUCAUGGAAUGCGGGUUCAAUCUCCACCAGCAGUAUUGAUAUUGUUAAUUGUAAUUUUGAAUGCUGAUUUACUGGCAGUGAAGAAAAACAUUGUUAGGAAAACUGCAUGUCUGAGGAUUUGAUAUUUCAAGAACAUGAUAUUGUGUAGUGGAGAGGAUAAACACUGGAGAGCAGCGUGUGGGACUAAUUUUUUCAUAAAUCUCAGAAAUCAAAGGAGGUCAGAGUAUUCCAUGGGACGUGUACAUGUGCUAUUAUAUUACUUCUUUAACAAUAACAAUUGUUUUAAACGGCUCAGCAGUGCAUUUUAUUGAUAUUCUUGUAAUAAUAAUAAAAUUGAAUAAUGAUGAUAAUUUAUCGCCCCAGUCUGACUAUUAAAAUGUUGAUUGAUAUAUAUCUACUGAACACCUUUCAAUGAAGUAUGUUUCCUGUAGUUUAAUAUUUUCUUGAAACUGACCUAAAAUUUGAUUUGUGUUUGUUUCAGAUUAAAUGGAUGCUGAUAAGCAAUAAUGUGUCAACCCACAAAAAGUCAAAUUCAGAGAUAUUGAUGUUUUCUGAUAACGCGUUACUUAAUAUACAUUAUGCAAAAGAGUUUUAAGUUACUUAAAUCAAAUAAGUUCGGAAAAAAAUAAAUUAUAUCAUAAAACAAAUGGGAAAUCACGUAUACAACAAUUGCCAAAACGCCAUCAAGCUCCUUAACACGGUCAACAUUCAAAGAAGCUCCAUCUGUCGUCACUAUAAAGAUGUUAUGAGACUUGAUACUGUGUUGCGAAAUAUCAUUCAGUUCUUCGGCCAGCGCCAAACAAAGAAGUUCACGUAAAAAUUGAAAAAAUAACUGAUAUUCCCAUUGUAAUUAGUUAAUUAGUUGUACAAACCGUUGUUUUAGUGAAUAGUAUGUAAUCUCUGCUGGGUUCAUCAAGGUAAGUCAGUAUUUAUUCUGUUAUUUUCUUAAUAGGUUAGGCUGCCGAUAUAAAUUAGAAAACUAAUAAAUUAAAUAUUUGUAUAGUUAUAUUUCAAAUGUAAAGCUUUUUCUUAUACUAAACUAAUGUUAUUUGGUCCUAACAUAUUGAUUUAUUGUAACUUUUGUAAUAAAUAGGUAUGAUAACCCACUUGACUGAUUAUUGCUGAACAGCUAAGGACUUUUGAGUAAAACUUAUGGUGCAGUUUACGAUGCUUAACAUAUUAUUGCGUAUUGUAAGUUAGCUUCUACGAGAGAUAAUUUAUAUUUUAAGUACCUUGAAAUUAUAUUGAAAAAAUCGCUAUCUAAAUUAAUCGCAUGAGCUAUAUCGAGUUUUUAGGUAUAACUUUCAUAGACCUCCACCACUACUGCUAACUUUUUCCUUAUUUUUAUGUAGAAUGAUGCCACUGCCAAAAUCAAGGAGUCAAUUACUAGUCAAUCUUGUGAACUGCAAUACAAAAGAUUUGAAUAAAAAUACUGAACAUGCCAACACAAAUAAACCUCAAGAUAUCCCUGUACCUAAUGUUAGAACUGAUCGAGACUUAUAUUAUUCUAUAGAAUCAUAAAACUCCAUAUGCUGUGAUCUGAUUACUUAUACACUACCGGAUAAUAUUUCAAUGGAUAGUAUUUCAUCAAUAAUUGAGUUACUCGGCAAUUCAGAAAUAAAUAUUGUACCAGAGCCUUAUGAUGUGCCUCAAGAUCUUUUGAAAAAAUUAAUCUUUUCUUUCCGUCAAUUGAAGAAAAGAAAUUGAAGUUUGUAAAUGAUGAACCAAAUAAUAAUGAGGACCAACAAACUAAGAUAGUUACUAAUUUUAAUGGAGAAAAUGGUUCCAAUGCGAAUGCGAAAGACGAUGAUAAAUGCCAACCAAUAGAGAUAUUAACUAAUGAAAAUGACAAAAAAAGUUCAAACACAUUUGAUAAAAAAGCAUUCGAAUGUGAAUAUUUCUAGUCCUGUUUUAGAAAACGACCCUCGUCCUACUAUUUUAUUUCAGCAGCAAAAGAAAGAAAAAACGAAUACCAAUCAGGAUUACUUCAGUGCUAAAGGAAAAAAGUUCGUGCGGAGGAAUUUAACAGCAGCGAUUGUAAAUGUCCUUUAACAUGUACAGAAAAAUUGUCUAUUGAUCAGCGUAUAAAGGAACAUUUUGGAGUUCUGGUUCUUAUGAAGCAAGGCGCGCAGUUUUACAGAGUAGUGUUAUUGAAGCCAAAAAGAAAAGAAACUAUUCCAUAAAUUCCAAGCGAGCUUUUAGUAUUAGUAGAAAAUGUAAAUUGUGUGUCUGUAAAAAAGCUUAUACCCGAAUGGGCGUGAACUAUUAGCUGCAAAAAUUCAGGAUUUAAAAGAUUUUUUAAAGCUCAUUCCAACAGAUGCAAAAGGAUUUUAUAGUUUCUUCAGGAACGUUGAGUCGGGUGAUUUUAUUGAUGAUGAAGAAAAUUUGAUUGACGAUUAAGCACUUUCUUGUGAACUUACAUGUUAGUUGUUGUAAUUUCUUGGCUAUAUUAGUUAAAGCAAUGAUCAGAUUCAUUUUAGAUAAUAUUAAGUCAAAAAAAAUUGUAGAAACAAUGAGACUGAUUAAAGUUCUGGUUACAUAAAUACUUUAGUAAAGUAAAGUUGCAGCCUAUUUACGUCCCACUGCUGGGCACAGGCCUCCUCUCAUUUCUGGGAGGGUUUUAGGGCAAGGAAAUGUCCACCGCGCUGCCCCAAUGCGUGUUGGCGAACUUCACAUGUCUUUGAAAUAUUUUUUGUCUUAUUUCUCAGACAUGCAGGUUUCCUCAAGAUGUUUUCCUUCACCGCCGAGCACGUGGUAAAUCAGCACUUAAAAUUGCAAUUUACAAUUUCAUUGGUGCCGGCGGGGAUCGAACCCGGGUUGCUCGAGUACUGUGAAGCUUACAGCGAGCGCUACCCAUCUGAGCAUCACGGCUCUACCCACAUAAAUAAUCUACCCACAUAAAUACUUGCUCAGUUGAAAAUAAUAGGGCUAAUCAGGAAGAAAGACUAAGUUUUGUAAAAGAAUUAUUAUUAGGUAAAUUAAAUAAAUUUAUAAUAUUAAUUAUUUGUAAAUAAUUGUUAUUGUAAGUUACAUAUUUUUGAGUUGUUUAAGUUAAAAUGAUAAAAAAUAUUCUGUUAAUUAACUAACUUAACUGUAAUAAAAUGUUUACAAAAAUAAGACUGAUUUAAAGUUUUUGAUGAUUAUUUUAUGCUUACCAAAGAUACUUCGCUAAGACACGAUCGUCUGAGGAAUAGAAAAAAUGAUUUUUCUUGAAUAUAGAAUAUUCUAAUCCUCAGACUUGUUUAAAAAAAUUGCUUUCUUUUAUUUUUAUAUCAAUAAAUAUUAAUAUUUACGCCUUUUAUUUAAAACUUCUUAACAAAUUGUAAGUAAGAAUAUACUUUUAUCAAUAUUCAUUUAUGCUCCUUAACAUACAUUUACUUUCAUUAAAUCCCAUAAUUAGAAUUUAGCAAAAUAAUGUUAUGUUCCUUAAUUUCCUCUUUCGAAUACUAUAGUCUAUUCCAUAUUUUGCAAUAUGCAAUAAUCUAAUUUGUUUAAAAAACUUAGCAGUAUUUUCUCUUUUUAUGAUAAAAAUCUACUUUCAAUCCAUUAUUCCUUUCAUCAAAUAGAAAAAACCCGGUGUCAACAUAUUUUUUUCAAACAAAUUUAUUGAAAAUUGGCAUGACAUCUUUAGACGGCAUUUUCUCAAAAUAAAGUUCGUGUGGCUUGACAUGGUAUUGCUUAUCAGCAUCCAAAUAUGGAUGAAUUCAUAACGUUAAAAGAUUAGUAUAUUCUUGAACCAAGAGAGAGCAAUACUGUACAGAAAACAACAGGAAAACCCAGGUCACAUUAAAUGUCAUUCAGGUUAGUAUUAAAAGACAUUGUGCAAUAUACAAUAUUUUAUUACUCUUUGUUACUGGCUCUCAAGUAUACCAUAAUGUCCUCCAGAGUCCAGACCAAAUUUCGUUGUCCUCGUCUUCACGGGGGCGGGUCAUAAAGGUGAGCCAUUUGCGCAGGACAGGAUGAUAUUGCUCCGGGUGUAUGCAGUAAGCACAGGUACACUCCCUAUUCCCUCACUUUUAUAGUCAAGUGGGACGGCAUUCCGACCACGACCAGAGAGAUAAGGCGCCGGACCAACGGAUUUACGUGCUUUCCGGGACAAGGGGUGAAGCAGCAUUUAGAUGAGCCAUCAGUCAUUACAGAUAAAAGCCUACUGCUGAACAAAGGCUUCCCCAUUGAAUUACCUCAUAAGGGGGAUUUUGUCAUUGUAGCCACGAUUGGCAGGCGGGUUUUGACAACCGCGUUUUAUUAUUUUGACGGGAUUUGUUUCGUGCGAUGAUAUAGGAUCAUAAAUUAUUCAAUUAUUAUUAGCAUGCACGAUUGAUAGUAGAAAAUAUCGUCCUUUUUCAUCAACCCCAAAAAGUCCACUGCUGGACAUGUGCCUCUCCUGUUUAAGAAAGCCUUUUGUCUUAUUUGUCACGCAUAGCCGAUCGCAGUACCAGAACCCCAGGCGUCUGGUGGCUUUGACGCUGUUUCGCCGCUGUCUAACGUAUGCGCGAGGUGGUUAAACCGCCAUCUAUCUGGAGCUAUAAGAUUUUACUGGCUUUUCCAACUGUCGAUUCUUAAGACACCCACAGGAUUAUAUUGGUAUAUUACAACAGAAACUUACAAAUCUAAAGCAAAAAUUUGACUAAGUGAAACUGCGGCAGCCUAAUGCAGUCUGUUGUGAAGAAUAUCUUUGAUAAUUAUAACUUAAAAUACUAUAAUUUUAAUUAAAAGUAAUUUAAACAAUAAUAUUCUAACUACCUAAGAUUCAAUGCUAAAAGCGGUUACUAAAGUCUGGUAGUGAAAAAAUAAAAAGUAAUAGAACAAGUUUUACAAAAUACUUAAUUUCUUGUUCAAUGAUGAUAAUUCUAGUUAUCCCUGUCUCACAAACUCAUGGGGAGAAUAUGGUAUGGUAACAUCUGAAGUAUUUAUCAAUAGGUUACUGUCCAUUAGUAAUUUCAUAUAUACAUUUAGAAAUAUUUGUAUUUACAGAUAUUAUCCCCAUACCUGUUAUCGCACUUAAGGGAAAAAAGGUAUUUUCAGUUUCUUCACAUUCAUUAAGAGAUUCAGUCGGAUUCACGUGAACCAUUAUUGCAAAAUAUAUUUAAAAAAAGAUUUACCAGACCUACAACUACAAUACAAUACCUAAAAGGAACGAAAAAGAAAACGGUGCAAUUUUUCUUGCAAAUAUAAUUGUUUUU